AACCCCACCGCUUCUUAUGUUGCCGACGGUCGCCGCCCCGGGCGAUGAUGCUUCUUGAGAGACUCAGAAUCGCCGCCUCCGCCAAUCUGGUCGUCGAAGCGUGAUUUGGGCGAGGGAAGGCUUCUUGUUGCCGAGGCGUCGAUCGUUCGUGGCAAUGGCUUCGUCCGCCGAGGGUUUAGUGCCGAUCACUAGGGCCUUUUUGGCUCGAUAUUACGAUACGUGCCCUCUGCCCCCGCUUUCAGAAGACGUAUCGCGGCUCACCGCGGAGCUCCGGGAGUUGUCGGACGGGCUCGCGAGGGAAUCCCCCCUUACUUCUGGUGAGGAGCUCUUGGUACAUGAAGUAGACCAUCAGCCUGCCCAUAAAAUUGAUGAGAACUUGUGGAAGAACAGGGAGAAUAUUGAAGAAAUUUUGGUUUUGCUCGAGGAAUCUCAUCGACCAAGAUUGCUUCAAGAGAAAGCCAUCCCUGAAUAUGUAGAUAUAGCUGCUACACUUGGAGAACUUGAAGUUAAGCUUAGGAGUACUCUGAAGACACUGGAGGCAUUUCAGCAAACUAAUGCUGAUAAUGUAUUUAAUACAGUGAUGACUUAUAUGCCACAAGAUUUUCGUGGUUCUCUCAUCAGACAGCAAAGAGAACGCUCAGAGAGGAACAGGCAAGCUGAGGUUGAUGCUUUAGUUAACUCUGGUGGAAGCAUACAUGAUCGAUAUGCUUUAUUGUGGCAGCAGCAAAUGGAGAGGAGGAGACAACUAGCUCAGCUUGGUUCUGCAUCAGGGGUGUACAAGACACUUGUGAAGUACUUGGUUGGCGUCCCACAGGUUUUAUUAGAUUUCAUACGCCAAAUAAAUGAUGAUCAAGGGCCGAUGGAGGAACAAAGACAACGUUAUGGGCCUUCUCUAUACAGUCUCACAAAGAUGGUGCUCAAUAUUAGACUGUUUCUUUUACUUACAUGGGGGCGUUUUGAGGAGAAGAAAAUACAAAUGGAUCAAAUUUCUCUUAUGCAGCAUGCUGUCGAUCUAUACACACAUGAAUUUGAGAAAUUCAUCAAAUUUAUCAGUAAGGUGUAUGCAAAUUCCCCAUUUUUUAUAAGGGCAGAGGAUGCAGGAGCCACUGAAUCAAGGAAAAGUUAUGAUGACUAUAAAGAAACCAUCAUUCCUCCAGGAAAGACACAUGAGAUCACAUUAACAGUUGAAUCUAUAAAUUCAUAUAUUGCUUGGGAUUUCUCACUCAUCCAAGGGACCCUCAGCCACGACAUUGGAUUUCACGUGGAGUAUGUUAACCCUUCUGGUGAUGUUACGCUAAUUUUACCAUACCGGAGAUAUGUGUCUGACCAAGGAAAUUUCUGCACAAUCCUGGCUGGAUCGUACAAACUUAAAUGGGACAAUUCUUAUUCAACAUUUUCCAAAAAAAGCUUGCGGUACAAGGUCGAUGCCGUACCUCCAGUUGUCGAUACACCACAUCCUAUCGAUGAACCCUAAUUGAGAGACCUUACCGGCUAGGUAUAUGCCCUUGUGACAUACUAAUAACAAUUCUUUUGCAUCAUCUCUUUGUAUUUAGGGUCUGGAUCAGACUCCUCCAAUCACCGACCUCAGGGUCUAUUUGUUCUUGCUCUACCCAUGUCAGACAAAUAGCUAGUCUUUGUGAUUGUAAUGUACACAGCACAUGCAUUUGAAACAUUAUAUAUGCCUACUGUUGAAUCUGUUCUGGCAUGCAUGCUUUGGCUGAAACUACUGCUAUUUGGCACACAGGCUUUUAAUCUGAUACUUGUGAUCUUGUUCA